AGUUUCAGUCGAACGGAAAUGUUUCGAUCACUAGUCUUACUCCACAUUUUGGGCCUAGCUUGGUUGGUUCUUGGGGACCAAAGGAUUAUAAAUGGCAACACAGUGAACAUUAAGGAUGCCCCGUGGUAUGCCUCGAUUCUGGUCAGAUCCUAUCUGAAGUGCGGUGGAGUCCUUGUUUCGAACAACUACAUCUUGACGGCGGCCAAGUGCGUUGAUGGCUAUAAUGUGAAAAAUAUAAAAGUAAGGAUAGGUACCAACAGCUGCAGAUCUGGCGGAUCGCAGCUGGGAAUCUGUAGCGUGAAAAUCCACAGCCAGUACUCCAGUCUGCGCUUCGACAACAAUCUGGCGUUGUUGAAAACCUGCGAGCUACUCAAAGCCAGCGAUGAAAUAAAACCCAUCGAGAGGAUCGACAAGUUGCCGGCUGACAAUUCCCAAGCCAAAAUCACGGGCUGUGGAGCCAGGUCGGGAAGUUGGUUUGAUGUGCUACAAGAGAAGCGGUCUUUCGGCAUUUUCGAUGGCAUUAACAACUUACUGGCCAACUUGCCUGCUGAGUUGCACGGCACCGAGGUGAAAAUCCUUGGCCAGAAGCAGUGCGCCGCCGACUGGACCUUCCCGUUCCUUCUCCACGAUGGAAUCUCCGAGCUGACCAUCUGCACCAAGUCAUCCGGCACGGGGGCCUGUUCCUUCGACAUGGGGGCUCCCUUGGUCGUUGACAACAAGCUGGUGGGCAUCCUCUCCAGGGCGGGCUGCACCAUCAAACCAGAUGUCUUUUCGAAUAUCCUCAAGCAUGCCAACUGGCUGGAUAGCAAUAUCAAGCAGUAAUAUUUAAUAUUAAGCUAAUUACCAUAUCAGAAAAUAAAGAAGAACAUUGCGCAA